AUGUCGAACUCAACCAGCAAAGAAUUGGACGCUGGCGGCGAGCGAUUAACCAUAAUAAAACUUCAGGAUCACGCUGAUUUGGUGGCCGACGGCUUCAAAAGUCUCAAGAACAAAGAUAUCUUGAGGCGGUUACAGUCGAGUAUUCUGCCGCAAUUAGCACUCCAAAUCAGAAAUCUCUCGCCAUUACUAGACCCAACUCGCAUACGGGAAAAUCCUGCUUUACAAUUCGAUCUCAUCCUGGCCAUCCAAUUAGAAUUUGAUGAGAUUUUGAGCCAAAUCCAAUCGGCGCUGUGUAGGCUCUGUCUAAAACGACGCUCAAGCCGAUUCCAUGACCAUCUUUUCAAGGAAUUCAAAUUCUUUCGAUCGGAAGGCUUUUACCGGGACUUCAAAGAUGGACUACUGCAAGACAUCACUUCGAUUUUUGACGAAUGCGAUCGCCACAUUAUAGAAAUGAAACUCUUAAUAGGAACGCCCCCAUUUCGCCCACCUGCUCGCAAACUUGCCGCCGAGCAUGAUGCACCUGCACCAUGGAAUCCCCCACAUUGUACAUCUGACAUCAGAAGUAGAAUAACCGACUUGGCGACUUCUGCUUUGGAGAGAAUGGAAAACCCGACGAAAUGGUUCAUAGCAACUGAGUUUGAGCUGGUACAAUAUCGUUGGCCCCGCGGGAUAGUCAAGAUCGAUGAACUUUUGGAAAAGGUCUCCGCAGUGAUCGAUCCAACCAAAGAAGAUCGAGCUAUGAGCAAGCCUCAGAAUGAUCCACUCGUCCCAUGGGAACAUUUGUUCAUACCUAUAUUGAAGCUAUCCAGGCUAUUCUUCAAGAAAUUAUCGAACCUAGGAAUGAACAUGAACACUCUCGCGCCGUUCACCGAAAUGCGUUCCGACCAGCUUGAAUACCUAGUUGAAUUAGCUGAACGUGUUGCUCAAAAAAUUAAAUAUUUUUACGCUGUAGUGGUCCCAUCUGACAAUGAUACUGGCAGCCCCGAUAGCCAGGAGAUUAUUUCAGCGGCCCGAGACCUGGAGGAACACUUCCAACCUGCUGUACUUUGUAUACUCCUUUAUUUUUUACCUCUGAUUCCGGAUACUGAUCAUCUUCCAGUUCAAAGCCAUCUCAGGGCUUGGUUUAUUACUUGGUCCACUCACUUCCAUUGGGCCAUGGGACCCUUCCUCCACCUGUACGCAUAG